CACACACAUAGUAGUAGCAGCCGCAUUUUCACAGCCUGCUCUUUCAGACUGACAGCAGCAAACGGAGUUGAGAGGCAGUGCAAUAGAGCGAGGGAAACAAGGGAGGCGCCCAGAGAGGAGAGCGAAGCAGAGGAGAUCACGCAGGAUUUCCCCUUAUUGCCCUUUAGCUCUCUGGGAGCCAGAGAAGGAAUCUCCCCUGUGCUCUUCCUGAGCUGAACUUGCUUUGCUAGAGGACCUGCAACCUGCUAUGGCAGCCCCAGAGGGACACAGGAACACUGCUCCCUUCUCAUCUUGUUCCUCUCAACUGUGGACUACCCUCAUGUGGGGUGUGUUGACACUCUUAAGUCAUGUUCAGGGCUUUAACUUGGAUACUACUCACACACUGCAUAAGUUGGGAGACCAUGGCACCUUUUUUGGUUUCUCUCUUGCACUUCACCAACAGCGUACCCCAGACACUCAGAGCUGGAUACUGGUGGGGGCGCCACGGGCAGCAGGGCAGGGCCAGUUGACAGGCAGUCGACCUGGAGCCCUGUUCAGGUGUCCAAUCACACCAGAGGAGUAUGACUGUGAGCGGGUUGAUAUUGAUGGAGACGUGAGGUGGGACCGAGAGAGCAAGGACAACCAGUGGCUGGGAGUUACAGUUAAGAGUCAGGGCAUUGGAGGGAAAGUUGUGACCUGUGCUCACCUGUACGAACUGAGGCAACGUGUAAACCAGCCAUCAGAGACCCGCGAUCCAAUUGGACGCUGCUAUGUCUUGAGUGAGGACUUGACUGAGCGAGAUGACCUGGAUGGAGGGGAAUGGAAGUUCUGUGAGGGUCGGCCACAGGGACACGAGCAGUUUGGUUUCUGUCAGCAGGGCCUGUCUGUCAGUUUCACCCCAGACAACAACUUCAUUCUGUUUGGGGCUCCGGGAACAUACAACUGGAAAGGUGAAAUGCGCGUUCAGCUCCUAAACCAGACUCUGUUUGACCUCGGUUUCUAUGAGGAUGGACCUUACGAGGUGGCAGAUCAGAAACAACUUAAUUCCCAGCUCAUCCCUGUGCCCUACCACAGUUACCUGGGGUUUUCUGUUGACUCUGCCAUGGGUAUAAUGAAUCUCGGGGAGCUAACCUUUGUGGCUGGUGCUCCCCGGGCCAAUCAUACUGGGGCAGUGGUGCUGCUGAAGAAAGACAAUGUGUACCGGUUGGUGCCACAGCACAUCUUCUGGGGGGAGGAGCUGGCUUCUUCAUUUGGGUAUUCAGUAGCCACCACAGAUCUCAACAAUGACGGCUGGACGGACCUGAUUGUUGGAGCUCCUAACUUUUUUGACCGUAAAGCAGAGAUUGGCGGAGCUGUUUAUGUGUAUCUAAACCCAUUUGGUCACUGGGACGAUCAGGCUCGGCCCAUCCGCCUCAACGGGACGUAUGACUCCAUGUUUGGGAUGACAGUCAGCAACAUUGGAGAUCUGGACCAGGAUGGAUAUGGAGAUAUUGCUGUGGGAGCACCAUUUGACGGAGAUGGGAAAGUCUUCAUCUAUAGAGGCUCAGAUGCUGGAAUUGAGACAAAACCUGCUCAGGUGUUGGAUGGACGAGACUUUGAUGUGAGACGUUUUGGAUACUCUGUCUCAGGGGGUUUGGAUGUUGACAAUAAUCACUAUCCAGAUGUGGCAGUGGGCUCGCUGAAUGAUUCAGUGGUUCUCUUCAGAUCUCGUCCUGUCAUCCACGUGAAAAGAGACAUGUCUAUUGACCCUCCACACAUAGAUUUGGAGCAGGACAACUGCAAAGGCAGAGAUGGAGUCUGUGUUGAGGUCAAGGCUUGCUUCACCUUUGUAGCCCACCCAGCGCACUACUCGCCACACAUUACCCUCGUAGUGCGCUUUGAAGCAGACACAGAGCGUAGGAAGCUGGGCCUCCCGCAUCGCGUUAGCUUCCUGGGCCGCAGCUUACUGGAACCAGAGUAUACACAGACAGAAGAAGUGGAGCUACAUCGGCAGCGUCAUCCUGUGUGCACCACUGCUGUCUUCCAGCUGCAUGAGAACAUCCGUGACAAACUGCGUCCUAUCUCUUUAUUGAUAACUCACACUAUCAAGCCCGUGCCACCACGCAGACACUCUGCAAAACGGCUGGAGAAGCUGCCUCCGAUACUGAAUGUCUCCCCUUCUAAUACGCUCCACUCUGAGGUGAACUUCCUGCGAGAAGGAUGCGGCAAUGACAAAAUCUGCCAGAGCAACCUGAAACUAAACUACCAGUUUGGUACUCGACCUGUGAACUCUGACCUCUUCAUCCCUCUGCCAAAAGAUGAGGACAGUGUGCAGGUGUUUUCUCUGUCAGAUCAGCGGCUGGUGGUGCUGGACAUCAGCAUCACUAACAUGCCCUCUGACCCUCUUCACCCCGAGGACGACGGCGAUGAUGCUCAUGCCGCUCAGCUGAUUAUCUCCCUUCCAAACACACUGUCAUAUGCCGGUUCCAGGAUCCCAGAGCAGAUGAGAUGUCAAGCAAACCAGAACGGCUCCCAAGUUGAAUGUGACCUGGGAAACCCUGUCAAACGAAACACUAAGCUGAAAUUUUCCAUCAGUCUGAGCACAGCUAACAUUACCAUCGAGACCACUGAGCUGACGGCAGAUCUCUCACUGAAAACUAUCAGUGAACAGCCUGACUUGGUCCCGGUAACAGCUUAUGCUAAAGUUGUGAUAGAGCUCCCUCUGUCUGUCAGCGGGCACGCAAAUCCCGAUAAGCUGUUCUUCAGUGGUACAGUGAGGGGUGAGAGUGCUAUGACCACUCUGGAUGACAUCGGCAGCUCUGUGGAUUUUGAGUUUGUGGUUUCUAAUCCUGGCCAAGCUCUCCAGACACUCGGCUCUGCCUUCCUCAAUAUCAUGUGGCCCUAUGAGCUGGCCAAUGAGAAAUGGCUCCUGUAUCCUGCCAGCUUGAAGUUUCAAGGCCACCCAGACACAUACUGCACCCCCACAGCAACUGUGAAUCCUCUGAAGCUACAGGGCUCCUCAUCUGCAGAGCCUGGGCAGGUUGGGAGAAAACGCCGCUCUCACCCAGAGGAGGAAGGUCAGAUCAUGACGAAAGGGAGCGUGGGACAGACCACACCAGCUGUGGCAGCUUCAGAGAGACGCAAGUCACUCAAACUGGAUUGUCUUUUGGGGUCAGCACGCUGUGUACUGUUCCAGUGUCCUCUCCACAGCUUCUCUGGUCAGGCUCUGCUUAAAAUCCAUGCCAGACUGUGGAACAGCAGUUUCAUAGAGGACUUCCCAGCAGUUAGUGCUCUGGAGCUUCUAAUCAGAGCCAACAUCACUGUGAAGUCCAGCAUCAAACACCUGGUCCUCAAGGAUGCUGCUGCGCUGGUUUCAGUGAUGAUUUAUCCUGAGUAUGGUCUUACUGACCAGUACUGGAUCCCCUGGUGGAUCAUCCUCAUUGCCAUCCUGGCAGGUGUCCUGCUGCUGGCAUUACUGGUCUGCAUGCUGUGGAAGUGUGGUUUCUUCCGACGGGCUCACUACAAGGACAAACUGCCUCAAUACCAUGCGGUGAAGAUUCCUCGCGAGGACCGGCCACAGUUUCAGCCUGAGAAGUCAGGAGGUGUCCACAAAAAGGAAUGGGCCACACACUGGAGCGACGGGACGUCAUAACAUGCUUUGAAGCACUAACUGACUAAGAAAAAAAAAAAUUUUCAAAUCACCAUGUGUGGCACUCGUUCUGUCUUUGCUUUUGAAUUAACUGAGUAAAAAAAUGUGCACAGAGACUGGGAUUGUGAUAUUUUGUGCACACUUUACUGCGUCAGUGCUUACAUAUUGAUCUGUUUUCUCCAUACUGUAGCCUACUGAAGGCUGAACGUAGAUAGUCUUUUUAGUCUAAUUGCGUUGUAAAUCAAUAUGAUAGUAUUAUACUGAAGGCCCAUAACAAUAUAAAAACCAGUCUAGCUGCUAAAUAUGUUUCACAGCCCACACGGGGAGCACUGCUGCUUUGCUGUCUGUCAUCAGAAUAAAGGACUGAAAAUCAAAGACGUGCAUGAGCACCAACAUGCAGAGGAAAAAAAUAAACACACAGACAUAUUGGACAUUAUGGUAAAGAAAUCACUGCCCAUGACAAAGACUACUUUUUGCCUUAACUACUGUAAAACUGAAGACUGAUAUGAUGGGUAAUGGAGAAAAAAAAAAGCAUUUUUCUAUAUAUAAAUGAUGUUUGAGGAUUUUCUUUUUGUUAGCACUGGGUGGAUGUUAGUACAACAAUGAAUGUGUUGUCUUCUGAGCUUGAUGAUUACUCUGGGCUGGCUUAAGAAGCCAUUAAUGAAAAGUUCAACUGAUAGCUUUUGUAGGACUUUAUUCAAUUGCCUGAGUAACUUGAAUAAGAACAAGAAACCACAAUACAGCCUAUGACAUGCUGUGACCAUAGCACUGUUUUCGCAUGUGUCAGAUGAGAAAAGCAAUAUUUAAGAUGUUGUGUGCGCAUUUGCUGUUUAGGAACAUUUCUGGUAGAUUUUUUUAAUGGAUGUCAUGUCUUAUAAUGGGAUAACAUAUGCUCAGUGUAAAAAAAAAAAAAAAAAUCACAUAUGUAUGAAAACUUACUGUGGCUUCAAUUUAAAGCCUAUACUACUAGUUAAUUAGUUAAAAUAUGAGAUUUUUCUUUUAAUGAGUUGUAAUGUAAAGAUAUUUCACCAAUACGCAUCUGGUCUUUGUAUAAAUACUGUCAUUUUCAAGCUGUUAGGCUGGACUGUAUUAACCUGCUUGUCACACUGCUACUGCUAAUGUGUGCCACUCAUGCCAAUAUGACAUUGCUUUCAUUUAAGUACUGACAUUUCUAAUUGCGUACAAGUGCCUUAUUGUAAAAGUGGCAGAUGGUGUGCUACUGGAUACAAACACAAGGCUACUGCAAAUUAGAUCAUGCUGCCCUGAAGCAUCUGCUGGACACCGGUGGGCAAGUAAACAUCCCUCCAGCAAUGAAGCAACAUGAAGAGAGGGGAAAACAUUGUUUUACACAAGCAGAACAGCACGAACAUAUGUCAGAACCAGACAAACUCUCUUUGGAUCUAAUCUGGGUUGAUGAAGUGGCUGUAAAGCAUGAAGAGUCAGCUUAAUUUUUUUAGGUAUUGCUGGACAAUCGUAUAUUAGCUGCAUGAAAGUCCUGUUGUUGUUCUGACGUUCCCAAAUUUUCUGUUGGUCGAUGCUCAGUGUUUUAUUUAUUUUUUUGUCCAGCUGCUCUGUUUCAACCUUGUAAAUAAAAUAAAAACAAAACUGAGAUCAACCCGUCA